AGUAAAAUGCUGUACAGCCUUGAUUUCGUCGCAUAAAGUAUGUGCCUUGUUGUACAGAGGUGAGUAAGUAAGCCGCGUGCGCGUUGACGAGCGAGACUAUUUCAGUAGCCUAUUCUGAUUGCGCCGAAGGAAGUUUCUUCAUUCUCUGUUGUGUAAAUAAGAGUAACUUACUUUUGUAUGUGAUGGGCGUGAAAUGUGAUACAGUACCGACAUGAAGUCCGGAGAGGAGACGGAUUACGAGGGAGACCUAAAUAGUUUGCCCGACGACUCCAACUUUGUCAAACCUUAUUUAUUAGAACUGAGACAGAGGGCACAGAAAGACAUCAUCGACCCGCAGCAAAGCUUGAAUUGGUCAGACAGUUUUCUAAUAAAGUUUCUGCGAGCGAGAGACUUUAAUGUUGAUCUGUCACUGAAGGUUGGUAUCUCGCUACUCUUUAAUUACCAGCGUUGGAGGAGAGAGUGCCCAGAGAUCAGUGCCAACCUGCAGCCGUCCUCUGUCCUGGGACUCCUCCAGAAUAACUACCAUGGAGUGCUGAGGGACCGGGACCUCAGCGGCAGCAGAGUGCUCAUCUAUAGGAUCGGCCAGUGGAACCCCAAAGACUUCACAGUGUACGAGGUGUUCCGUGUCAGUCUGAUCACAUCUGAGCUGAUCGUCCAGGAGACGGAGACUCAGAGGAAUGGACUAAAAGCCAUUUUUGACAUGCAGGGAUGGUGCUUCGCUCAUGCCCUCCAGAUCAACCCCUCCCUGGCCAAAAGGAUCUCCUCUGUGCUCACGGACUCGUUCCCUCUGAAGGUGCGAGGGAUCCAUCUGAUCAACGAGCCCAUAUUCUUCAGACCCGUCUUCGCCAUGCUCCGCCCAUUUCUGCCCGAUAAGAUCAAACAGCGGAUCCAUAUGCAUGGCAGCACCUUCAAAGAGACUCUGAGGGAUUUUUUCUCCGAAGACAUCCUCCCCCAGGAGUACGGGGGCAGCGGACCCUCCCUGGAAGAGGUGUGUCAGGAGUGGACCUCCCACAUCCUGCAGUCUGAGGAACUCCUCACCCAGCUUUCCAUCUACCCUGCAGUAGAUGAGGUCACCUCUGACCCAGAACCUGACAGCCAGUCUGCCUACAGCUCCUGACUCCCCAUAGACUACACAUCCCAGAGUGUAUCUCACUGACCAACCACACAACUCGUAGCAUCCUUCUGAAGUCCAAUUUCUUAUUCCUUCCUUCACCUUCUUUUUUAAGGGAAGUCCAAUCGAUAUGGUUGGGGUGCACAACUUGAGCUCUCGGUCCAAGAUUGUCUGCUAGUUUUGAGUUUAUAUGAGCAUCCUGUUUAUUUAUUUCAAGUUUUUAUCAGUAGUUGAUGAAACGAUAGGAUGAUGACGAGGGAUGCUCGGUAGGAGCUAGUGCUCAAAAUAGUAUCAUAACACAUUGUGUUUCAGUAAUAACACAUUGGAAUUGGGCCUAGACAACUUUUCUCCAUCUCAUCUGUUUUAUGGGGUUUGCAAACAUUUAUAUUAUUGGGACGGCAGGUAGCCUAGCGGGUGGGAGCGAUGAGCCAGUAACCGAAAGGUUGCUAGAUCGAAUCCCAGAGCUGACAAGGUAAAACAUUUCAUUCUGCCCCUGAGCAAGGCAGUUAACACACUGUUCCCUGGGUGCAAAAGUGUUGAUUAAGGCAGCCCUCCGUGGCUCUCUGAUUCAGAGGGGUUGGGUUAAAUGCAGAAGACACAUUUCAGUUGAAUGCGUUCAGUUGUAAGACUGACUAGGUAUCCCCCUUUACUCAACCAAAAGAAAGAAAUGUGCUUCCAUAAUGUGUUAAAACAAAAGACAAGGUUAAAUACAUAUUUUAGCUAUUUGUACAGUUCUGUGAAUGUCUAGUGUAGUGGUGAAGUGUAUUUUUAUACAAUGAUUGGUGUUUUAAUUAAUUACGAAGAUUAAGUGCUUAGUUCUUUACUCAAAUUAGUAUAAGCUGAGCCAGCCUGUUCUUGGAAAGAUCCGUUAAUCCAGAUUGAUAAUACAAGAUAGCAAAAAUCCCUGAAUAUCCUUUGCCCAGUCUGUAGUAGCAAACUCAGAGGAAAUUGAUUCAGUUCUUUGCUGUUUUGUCUUUUUCUCACAGACAAUUAUGAAAGAAAUGUCCUCACAUUUUGUUCACAUUUUUUUUUAAAGAAAGACAAUGUUUUCAACAUCUCUCUCACUCAGAUGAGAGAAGUGCUAAAUACGUCUCUGUUUAUUAUUACAGAAGCUCUAGUCCAGUGAAGGCUGCUGAGGGGAGGACGGUGCAUGGUGGCUGGAAUGGAGUCAAUGGAAUGGUUCCAAACACAUCAAACGCGUGGUUUGCAUGUGGUUGAUACCAUUCCAUUGACUCCAUUCCAGCCAUUGUUAUGAGCUGCCCUCCCUUCAGCAGCAUUCACUGCUCUAGUCCAUUCCCCGUCUUCAUGUGAAACAGUCCAAAGGUCUAAAAGCCGUCCAAAGGGGCAGUGUGUUGAGCUUAGUUAGGUUCUCUCACAACAUUGUGUUGAGCCUGGCUGGGAUCUUUCUCAGUCUACUGUGUUGAGUUUGGCUGGGCUCUCUCCCCUCCUGACCUUAGGCCCUCAGUAAACUCAGUAAACAAGCCCUCUGUCCAUGUAUGAGGAGAUUUCAUCACAUUUGGAUGGCUUGAUUUAAUAAUGUUCAGUUAUGCUUUAUUUGUGUCCGUUUGUUUGGAGUUUAGGAGCAAGACGAGCAAAAUGAUUUUUGAUGAAGUGCCUCUGUGUUUCUCUAUUGAUAUUCUACUUGAGGCUUGUUGGAACACAUUGCUUGCUACAUCUUUAUGACCAAUAUCAUUGCAUUGAGGAAAUGUGAACAUACCAGUAAUUUAAAAUAACUUUUGUAAGCUUUGCGUCAUUCAGUGGUUCCUGAUAGACCGUCAUCUUGCUUCCUCAUGGCAAAGGUUUACUUUUCCUACUAUUAUUAGCUAUUGGAAUAGUACUGUAAUUAAACAACUUGCACUAUUGAAAGUUUAUUAAACUGCUAUAGAAGGUGAAUAUUUUAUUAAAAUAUCAAAUUAAUAUUA